GAUUACUAGAGCGAAGCAACUUGUUUAAGCGUGACCACCGUAGAAAACUUCAAAAUAUUUUUAAAUUUUGAGAAGAGAAACGUUGAAAACAGACUGUGUCCAAAAAAUUGAGAUGAAUGAACCAGAAAAUACUGAAGAUCUUCGGCGAAGUGGGAGUUCUUGUUCAGGGGCAAGCAUCUCUUCGUAUUCCUUGGUUCAAAGCACAAUGAAAGAUCUCUUCCAUGUUCAACAGAACACAUUGGAAAGGGUCCGGCAAACUGCAGAGCGACAGAAACAAAACUACGUCUCAAAAUCUGAAUAUGAAGAAGUCGCAUUUAGUUUAGAACAUGAAAGAUUGGAACACUCGAAAACCAAACUUAUCUUGGAGCAAGAGGGAGAAAAACUGAAGUAUGCACAGAAUCAAAUUGAGAUCUUGAAGGAACAAAUGAGCAAGGCAGCAAAAGAGCAUGAUACUAUUGCUAAAACCCUGCAAAGUAAAUCUUCAAGGGAGACCAAGAGAUGUGAUUAUCUGUUGGAGAAAUGUUCAGCCGCAGAUGAGGAACUUCAGCGAUUAAAUGAUUGCCUAUCUUUAAAAGACAAUGAGAUCUCAUCAUUGAAACAGAGGCUCAAGUCGCAGAAGGACAACCAUAAACAAACACUUGCUGAUAUUGAUAUCAAUAAAAUGCAAGAAAUGUACAUGGCAAAAAGUUUAAGUGAUUCACUAAGGAAGUCCAAAAAAUGACUUUCCAUAAACACGGACUCUUUAUAACACUGUGCAAUAAAAUAACAUAACUGUAAUGUCGUGUUCUAUUUACAAAAUAUUUUUAUUUGUGUUUGCGCAAGGUUUCGAGCAAACGUUUCCAUGCUUCUUAUUGUUAUGUGGCUUUGCGUAAAAUAACCUAUUAAUAUUUGAAAAUGUUCAUUAAAUAUUAAUGCAUAUGCUUAUUA